AGAGGUGAGAUUAGAUUAAAUCCGAGUCGCGGGCAGAGUUCGUUCAAACCACGGUCGUUCGUUUAAAUUAUUCGGAGAAAAGUGAGGAAAAUGCUGUGCGGAGUACGAGGUGUGUUGCGCGCUAGGCAGGUGGCGGGCGUGCUGUGCCGGACGGCGGCGUCCGAGGUGGGACGGCCGCUCACGGCGGACACGAUGCUAACCGACAAGUACGAGAAGAAACGCACGCAGGCCAAGCCGUUCGCCAAGGAGCUGUUCCUCGGCAGGGUCGACUGCGACCUGUUCGCCUACCCCGAAGUGCUCGACCCUGAGCGGCUGCAGACCCUGAACGAGAUGGUGGCGCCGAUCGAGAAGUUCUUCAACGAGCGGCUCGACUCGCGUGCCAUCGACCGGGAGGCUAAGAUCCCUCCAGAGGUGCUGAAUGCCCUCAAGGAGAUGGGCCUCUUCGGCCAGCAGAUCCCCGAGGAGUUCGGCGGGCUGGGUCUCAACGCCACCGAGUUCGCCCGCAUCGCUGAGGUGACCGCCCUGGACGGCUCGGUGGCCGUCACCCUCGCCGCCCACCAGUCCAUCGGCCUCAAGGGGCUGCUGAUCUGCGGCACGGAGGAGCAAAAGCGCAAGUACCUGCCGCGGCUAGCCACCGGCGAGUGGGUGGCCGCGUUCUGCUUGACGGAGCCGAGCAGCGGCUCCGACGCCGCCUCCAUCCAGACGCGGGCCACGCUGGACAAGGACGGCAAGACGUGGCGUCUGAACGGCGGCAAAAUCUGGAUCAGCAACGGCGGCAUCGCCGACUUCUUCACCGUCUUCGCCAAGACGGAGCAGUUCGACGAGAUGGGUCAAAAGGUGGACAAGGUGACGGCGUUCGUGGUCGAGCGAGGCUUUGGUGGAAUCACCUCCGGAAAGCCCGAGGACAAACUCGGCAUUCGCGGCUCCAACACCACCGAGGUGCACUUUGACAACACGCCCAUCCCCAUGGAAAAUGUCCUCGGCGAGGUUGGCGGGGGAUUCAAGGUGGCGAUGAAUAUUUUGAACAGCGGCCGAUUCAGCAUGGGCAGCUCUUCAGCGGGCGUGCUGAAGAAGCUGAUUAAGCUGGUGACAACGCACGCGACCGAGCGCAAGCAGUUCGGCAAGCAGCUGAAGGAAUUCGGCUUGAUCAAAGAGAAGGUGGCCAAGCUGAGUUUGGACGUGUACGCCAUGGAGAGCAUGGCUUACAUGACCGCCGGCAUCCUCGACCUCUACGACAACCCCGACUGCGCCAUGGAGGCCGCCAUGGUCAAGGUCUACAGCUCCGAAGCCGCCUGGACGGGAGUCAGUGAAUGCCUGCAAAUUCUAGGUGGUCUGGGCUACAUGAAAGACUACCCUUAUGAGCGCUACCUGCGGGACUCGCGAAUCAUGAUGAUCUUCGAGGGCACCAACGAGAUCCUGCGCAUCUUUAUCUCUGUACUCGGGCUGCAGCACGCGGGCGCCGAGCUGCAAGAGACGGUGCGAAAGGCGCGCAACCCUCUACUCUACCCCGGCUACACGUACCGGCUGCUGCGGACGCAAUUCCGCCACAAAAUGGACUCGCCCAAGAUGAACCUGCGUCUCAAGGGCUUCACGCACCCGUCUUUGGAGGCGGCCACCAACAACGUUGAGUACUGCGUGUUGCGUCUGCAGUACGCGACCAUGAUGGUGCUGCAGCGGUACGGCAAGGACGUGAUCGACGCACAGCUCGAGUUGCGACGCAUCGCCGACAUUGCCAUCAAUGUGUACGCGGCGUUCGCGUCCGUGUCGCGCGCCUCACGCUCCUAUUGCAUCGGCUUGCACAAUGCAGAGUACGAAUUGGUGCUUGCACAUACAGUCACCUUGAAAACGCUUGCGCUGGUAAGGCAGUACGUUGGGGAACUCGAGGCCGGGCCCCUCAACGGACUUGACCAGGCACACAUGGACAUUGGGAAGAAGGUCUUUGAAAAGGGAGGUUAUUACGCCGCCCACCCGCUCAGCAAGAACUUUGUAUGAUUCCUUUUUUAAAUGUAUGCUGGUUAUUUUUUGUUACUGCAUCGCAAGAAAGGCUGAAUAAAGGAUAGUAAGUUAUUCAGUUAUCAAAA